CAGAUUUAGCUGAACUCAACCUGUGGUGUGGAUCACUGAGGCGUGGGAGUGGCUUAAAUCGCUGUUUGGUUUUAAAUCCACACGUGGUGUCUCGGUCUUCAGCUUGUUUAGGACGGCGCACACAGCGAGAAACUUCGGACCAAACUCAUGCCACUGCAUUGCCCUCGUCUGUCGUUGCAGGGCUAGACGGAGAUCCGACGGAGGCUCUGAUAUCUCGGCAAAAUGCCAUCUCAUCCCAUCAACAAGUUUGCUGACCUGGAGGAAAUGAUGUGCAAGAAUUUACUGAGACUUGACCUCAGAGAGCAGAGCAGGCUACCUCCGUCUCUCAGUAUGACGACUAGAACACCUGGUUACAUGUCUGAGCUGUGUAGAAACACUUCAUUUUCCCUCUCGUCUCUGCCCUGCCUCUCCAGUGAUCCUUUGGACAGUCCAUUUCUGACUUCUAGCCAAUGGGGGCAGCAAGCAGAAAGUCCUCAACCCCCCCAGCUUGGUAAUUCCACACAGUGGGGAAAGUCGGGUUUCCUUUCCCAACGCUCUGUCAGCAUGGUGGAGACGAGCAGCACACCAGGAGCAAGUCUAGGCUGGCCUGAAAUAAAGACCUGUCAAAGUGACAUGAGCCCCUCAGCUCUCAAUGCCAACUCCUCCUCGUCCCCCUCUUCAGUUUCUAGCUCCUCUUCCUCAUCGCGCUACAAAACCGAACUGUGUCGAUCUUUCACCGAGAACGGCUUGUGCAAGUAUGGCGGGAAGUGCCAGUUUGCCCAUGGGCCAGAGGAGCUGCGUGAUCUUAACAGACACCCAAAGUACAAAACUGAGCCAUGUCGUACCUUUCAUACUAUUGGGUUCUGCCCCUAUGGGAUCCGCUGUCAUUUUGUCCAUAACAACGAGGAAGAAAAGAAACACCCCUACUCUCGCUCUGUAUCAUCAUUUUCCCCCUGCAACACGCCUCACCAACCACCUUCAACUUCCCGCUCCAACAGACCUCCUCUGGUCAGACAGAGUUUCAGCUUUGCUGGGUUUCCUUCUGCUCCCCAACAAGUCCUUCAGCCUCUCCUAACCGGUCACACUCCACCCGUCAAUGUCUCUUUCACACGAGCUCCAUCGGUUUCUCCUCCUUCAUGCGCUGACAUCACUGACCUGUUCUCCAAUGCCUUCCUAGAGAUGGACACCGCAUUCGAGUCCUCCCCUGCCCACCAUUACCAACCCCCCAUGUGCCAGACCACUCCAGCUGACCCUCGCUCUCCAUUUCUGCCAUCCCCUGAUUCCGGGUAUUCGCCAUGUGGUCUGUCUCCAACUGGUUCGCCUUCCCUCAGGCAGAGUCCAAGCACUGCAGGGAUCCUCCCAGGGCCUUUGGGUACCCGAUCCCUGUCGUACACCUCUCUGUCAGACCAGGACCAAGAUGGAGGCAGCUCUGCUAGCUCAUUCAGUGGCUCUGAAUCCGGCGGGAGUAACAACGAAAGCAGUGGCAGACGUCUCGCAGUGUUCAGUCAGCUCUCUGUUCCUGAAGAUGCCACAGGAUUCUGCCUUUAAACUGCAGCGUGCUUCAACACAAAAAUGUUUUCAUACAUUACAACUCAAUACAUGCAGUGCACACACACAUCCUUAGUCAUUGCAAUGUUCACACACUAGACACAUAUGUACACUCCUCAUCCAGCUGGACUGAUCCUGAAGAUGCUCUGUUCGCCUGAAAUAAAUGAAGACUUGAUGACUGACUCGGAUUCCCGUUAGAUUUAUGUAGGAAAAUGUCUCAAGCUACAAUCACAUUGAAAUGAGUGUUUUUACCACAACAGUACACAUCAAGACAGAUGUUUGACAGUGUUGGGAACCUUUUUUUUUUUUUUUUUUUAAUUUUCUAAAUGAGCUGACACGUGAGUUGAGACAAACUGAAUCAGUGUGAUGGGAAUGUGGUUGAAGCUCACCACCUCACUGAUUCAUUGAUUAACUUGUCAGCAUCUUAAAUAUAUCAGUCUGAUGAAGCCAAAGAGGACACUUAUAACUCAGACUUUGUUUAGGAGUUCCUCCUUAAAUUAUCACGGUAUUGUUUAUAAGCUUGUGAAAGUUUGUUUUUCUUUUUUUUUCUCAUAAUUGUGCAGUCUCACGUUUAUGUUUAGAUCAGCAGCCUUUAACCUGAAGGUUUCUAAACAAUGUGCCUGUCAGGUCUCUUGACAUUGUUAGGUUGGGGGUGAGUUGUUUAUUUUUUUUUUCCAAAGAAGAGCAGUAAUUGAAUCUGCCUUGGCUUCUUGUGCAUUCUUGGCAUGCUGCUACUAGUGAUAUGACAAAUUGCCAAAUUUAGGCUGCACAGAAGCAAUAAUGGGAUGCCAACACAUUACUGGCUUUUGACUCUGGUGUAAAGUUUAAAUCCCAGUGGAUCCUUCUCAACAGUCCCUGCUUUCAUUCACUGGUUUUAUUGAUCUUUGACAUUCCCAGUAGCUGGACUUUGUUUUUUGUUCUUUUUUUUUUUUUGUUGUUUGUUUUUUGGAUGACUGUUUUUGUGAUCCCCACCUUGUUGCAUUACUUUGUGAUUCAGUAUUAAUUCUUGUUACGGCUCUGUACUGUUAAGACUGCAUCAUCCCAGUAUCAUCUAUGUGAACUGUACUCCUGGGUCUGUUGCCUUACUGAACUGGAUUCAGCGUACUGUAGGGUUAGGAUAUGUUUGCUUAGUGUUUUAGAAAAGUUACUUGGCUGUUUUGUGUGUUUACAGGAUAGUUGGUUAGAGGAACGAAUGAUACAAUGUUCCUGAUCUAUUUAAAAUUGCCUUUUUGUCAACAUGUUUAGGGCCUUGUUAGCAGUAAAGCUCAUAAUCCUUAGUAAAUUAAUUUCUUUAAUUUAUUUAAAUGUAUUUAUAGAGAAGUUCUUUUGUUAAUGCUUGCAUCAAGUUUAAUAUAUUUGGGUUUCUUUUGCUUUUUUUUGUACUACAAAUAAAGUUCUUUCCUUUUUU